AUGUUGAAUCCAUCACUAAUCUCCUGCACAAAAUGGAGAACCGAGUCCCAAGGUUUACCAUACUCGCUGCUCGUUAGCAGCCGCGAUGGAGGUGAAUUAGUGUUGCCCAUAAUAACGGUGGACUCCUUAGCCCCCCCAUCCAUCGCCACACGCUACCCAGUAAUCCCCCCGCCCCCCACCACCUACCGCCCUUUCCUCACCUUGCUCGAAACCACCAAAGAGUCCUUCCCCCUGCCAAACGGCCGGCCCCCCUGCUCCCUGGACCAGGAGGACUGCGGGGAGACCAUUGAGGUGUCGGCGUACGGCUCGGGGGAGAUGACCGAGUCUGAUGACGAGGACUAUUACAAAAACUCCCCCCUGGUCACCGACAGGACUGUCCUCCCCCCUCCCCCAGGCGUGGAGGGCAGUGUCCAGAACCCCCGGGACCGCCAUUUCUCCCGCUCGCCCAACUCCCACCGCCCCCCCCUAUCUGGCAACAGAGAGGAGCUGAAGACUGUACAGAGGGAGCUGAGGUGGAAAAUCAGAGAGGCGAAAAACAGCUACAGGAAGAGGAUGGAGGAACAGCUGCUGCAGAGGAACGUCAGUGGAGUCUGGAGAGGCCUGAAAACCAUCUCUGGCUACAAAGAGCCAGACUCCCAGGUGUUAGAGUUACAGACGGACGUGCCAAGUCACAACCACGGCACUUUAGGUGGUGUCGAGGAACCGAAGCGACGCAAGUCGACUCCGACCGUGGUCUUCCACUUCAGGAAGCAGUCGAGGGACAUGAAGGGACAGCCAGGAGCAACCACUACUCCAGUUGCUACGCCUCAGCAGUUCUCUGUAAGACGUCACUGUCCAACGUCACAACACCAACUUCAGACGUCACGAUCUCCCACUUCUCUUGCCACGGGUCGUAGCAGGGCCACCCGCCGGGGGCAUGACGACCUUACUACCCACUCUCCCCUCAGACUUCAAGAGCUUCUUAGGAACUCCAAUCUGCCAAAUGAGUUCUUGCUGCCCUAUGACCCCCGCAUCAAAGCUGGAAGGAUCCUGCUGGAUAAAUGUAAGGUCAUGGCCUCUAAGAAGAAGCCGCUGUGGCUGGAGUUCUCUCCCAUGCCGUCUCCCAGUUCCCCUACACCUGUCGGAAUAAUCUUCAAACAGGGGGACGACCUCAGACAGGACAUGCUGGUCCUUCAGACGCUGGUGGUGAUGGACUCUAUCUGGCAGGAGAAGUCUCUGGACCUUAACCUUGUUCCAUACGGCUGCAUCUCUACGGGAAACAACAUAGGUAUGAUAGAGAUUGUGAGGGAUGCGGCGACCAUCGCCACCGUGCAGAGGAGCCAUGGAGGAACCAUAGGAGCCUUCAAAAACGAUGCUCUGUUUGAGUGGCUAAAGUCCAAAUGUCCACUCCAGGAAAUACACUUCAAGACAGUGGAGAGAUUUGUGAAGUCCUGUGCUGGUUACUGUGUGGCCACCUAUGUGUUGGGUAUCGGAGAUCGACAUAAUGACAACAUCAUGAUCACAGACCAAGGGAACCUGUUUCACAUCGACUUUGGUCACAUCCUGGGUAACAGGAAGAGCUUCCUCGGCGUGAGCAGGGAGCGUGUACCGUUCGUCCUCACACCUGACUUCCUGUAUGUCAUGGGCAGGGGCAAAGGGAGCAACAGCCUCUACUUUCAGCGGUUCAGGGACACUUGCACCCAGGCGUACCUCUCCCUGCGCUCUCACUCUCGCUUGCUGGUCACUCUGUUCUCCCUCAUGCUGCUGACAGGCAUCCCGGAGCUGAGCGCUGCAGAGGACAUGCGCUACCUACGGGAUGCGCUGCAGCAGGAGCAGAGUGAGGCGGAGGCCAAAGAGCACUUCCUCCACCAGAUCUCUGAGUGUGAGCGGCUGGACUGGACCGUGCAGGCCAACUGGUGGAUCCACAUGAUGGCGGGAAUCAAGUAGACUGUUGGAGAUGAGACAUUUUAAAGGGGCCCUGUUUUUUGGGGUCUUCCCUUUCCUGUAGUUGGUUUUAUAGGUUUUUGUGCAUGU